AUGGAUUCUCCAUUUUUCCAAUUUGGCGAUCAGAGAAAGGGUGAUGUGAAACUGCAAAUAAUUUGCUCAGAUGGACUUCCAUACCGUGGUAAUCCCAUUUACCUGCAUUCUCAAGUUUUGAAGAAAUCAAGUUAUCUUGAAGCGAAGCUUUCUGAAACUGGGAUCAUCAAGUUAUGCAUUCCUCGGGAUGGCUCUGCUCCUGCUGAGAAUUACAUCGACUGUAUUCGUCUCAUGUAUUCAUCUUACUACCAAACACACUUUUCUUUCUCCACUCUAGAUAAGGCCCUACUCAUUCUACCGGUUGCUUCCGAAUUGCUAUUUGAAGAGGGAAUUCGAGCUUGCAUGGAAUAUUUGGAAGCAGUUUGUUGGACUCCUGAACAAAAGCUCAGAAUCCAAGCUCUUCUAUCAUCUUUGCAGGUAAAUAUUUCCACUGAUUUAGCUCAAAGACUUAAAAUAUCUAAAUCCUUUUUUGAUGAAGAACUAGAGCACUUAGAAAAGAUUGUACCGAGAUUGCUUUUUGAAAUUUUUAAAAAGCCCUGCGGCGUGUCUCGAGAACAUAUGCAAGAAACAGUGAAGAAACAGAUAGUUGCAUAUUUUCAGGAAGAUAUACAUCCUGCUAUUCAAAAAAUAUGCAGAGGUGCUCUUUUAAACGAAUUUAGGACUAGAAUUGAGCGUAUUAAAUGUGGAUCCUCUACCAAGAAAAGGAAUUCUGCUUGUGAAUCUCUUUUGUGGUUGUUGGACUUGAUUAAGCUCUGUAAAAGGGGUGUAUUUGAAGCUGCAUUCAAAAUUUUUGUUGAAGAUGAAGGCAUUGCUGACAUAUUAGUAAAACCCCGAAUAAGUUCGUCGUUCUUUUUAGAUUCAGAUAGGGCAUAUUCGAGCCGUGUGCUAGAAAUUUUAGUCCACAGGUUUCUGGUCGGUGUGGCAGAUGGACAAAUAGUUAUUCCCAAACGAGCACGUGUUUCAUUUCUGAUAAAGUGGGUGCCAGUCAUAGCAUAUCUUAUCUUAGAUAUACCAAUGUACAUGAUCAUCCGCGUGAUCUUAUUGAUUGUAGUAAGUCUUCGGUUACUGUGUUUGAGUCUUCCCGUAGACAUACUGGGUGUUUGA